CAAGUCGACCCACGGACUCCCACUGGAACUACUCACGCUAACCCCCACCCGUGGAUUUAUGCACCCCGCGGUUCUUUCAGGAUAGUCCGGAGAGAGCGAGUCUGGCCAUGCGGGCUUCGAUGGUGUCGAGCCUGCUGCUCUUGUCCGGACUCCUGGCGCCGAGCGCCGUGCGCGGCUUCGGCGACGAGGCGGAGGAGAUGACCUGCGACCCCAUCCGGAUCGGCAUGUGCCAAGGUCUGGGCUACAACGUCACCAAGAUGCCCAACCUGGUGGGCAACGUGCUGCAGUCGGACGCCGAGCUGCAGCUGACCACCUUCACGCCGCUCAUCCAGUACGGCUGCUCCGGCCAGCUCAAGGGAUGCAAAUAG